AGCACACUACCAUAAGCUCAUAUCUCCACUCCUACAAUACAAAUUUCCCACUGUCAAAAAUAUCAUUUCCAACAUGUUAGGACAUGUGCAGUCUUCGUCUGAAAAUCACAUUGAACAAAUUUGCAUUCUUGAAAAACAAAGAGAAAUUUUCGAACGUCUUUACCAGUGCCAACAACAAUUUUCUUCUUUGCCAAAUCAAAAUCUUGUCCAAUUCAACAGUUUGAUCAGUGAACAUACAAUGGAAUUCAAUCAAUCUCAGAAUUUUCCCAUAAAAUUUGAUCCACAAAUGGACCACAAUUCGCCUAGCUUGAAUGUGAUUCGAGGAAAACAGAGGAAUUGGGCAGGCUCUGAUUUUACCAAUAAUUCUUUGGAAUUGGAUCGUCAAUCUUUAUCUACACUCGAGAAUUCAUCCAUCACAAGAACGUCAAGCAAGAAAAGAAAAGCAGAGCAGUUUUAUGAGGAAGAUGGAUGUAAAGCUAAAAAACAUGAAGGAGAAGGAGGGGAAGAGAAGUCAGAGAUCACAGUGAAAAGUGAAAAAGGGAACAAUUCAAAGGAGAAUUUAGAGGUUAAAAAACCUGAUUAUAUUCAUGUAAGGGCACGUCGUGGCCAAGCUACUGAUAGCCACAGUUUAGCAGAGAGAGCAAGAAGAGCGAAAAUUAGCAAGAAGAUGAAAACUUUGCAAGAUUUAGUCCCAGGUUGCAACAAAGCGAUUGGAAAGGCAGGGAUGUUUGAUGAAAUCAUCAAUUAUGUUCAAUCUCUUCAGAAACAAGUCGAGUUCCUUUCCAUUAAACUUGCUACUUCCAAUUUUAACACAGAUAACUUAUUUGCCGAGGAGUUUCCAAAUCCAGCGUGUUUACAAAACAACCUUGUACAACAGCAACAAGGAAACACUAUUGGUGUUGCACAAAUGUUAUCACAAAGAAGAGAAAAUUGUUUGAUGUCAUUCCCAGAGGCUUUUCUUGAUUCUUCACAUGUUCCGGCAUUACAGCAGCUUCCAAAUUUUGACGCCGAUCUACAACGUUUUUUUGGUCUACGCUUUCAGUAGUAAAGGAAGUCCGAAUUAUUUAUUUUAAGGUGCAGGAAUGACAAAUUGCUAUUAUAGUGGAUAUGGUGCCGCAAUGCCCAAUGGCUCCUAGUGCCAUUCCACAGCCUUCUGGUUUAGUCCGCAAAUUUUGAAAUUAGCAACUACAGUACAAAUUUUCUUCAUAUCUUCUAGUAAUACAUUUAUUAUUGGGCAUAUAAGAAUAUGUUCACAUGUAUAGCCAAUGUUGCAAUAGUCUAUUUGGAUGUAAUAAUAGAUUGAUUUUGUUAUCUUUUCA